AUGAUGCGCAAAAAGGAGAAGGAAGAGAUUCGUGUGCCACUGAAGUUUCUCAGAGAAGCAGUCAAGNCCGCUAUGAUGUUCGGAGGACAAAAUGUGACUGAUUUUGAUCAAAAGACUUUGAAGAUGGUCUCUCCAAGACUUAUGUCGAUUGUUCCAGAACAAGAGGAUGACAGUUUGGCAUCAGUUGAGCACAUCGGGAAUAUUAAUAAUGCUCCUUUCAGAUUCACCACUUCUGAAUUAGCCUAA